GUUACCGAUCCGAUGGUAGAUUCUGUGAACCACUGCUUUGCAGGUAAGAGGCCCAUGAGCUCAUCUACUCGCCCGGAGAAUCUAGUAUAACCCCCCGAGGUUACUAGUAUAGGUUUAAAACAAAACGCUCGAUAAUAUUAUGGAGCCUAUUUGAAUUCUUUUAAGAACACGAAAGUACUGUUUUUUCAGCGUACAUGUAUGUACACAAAUGACUUUUAAUACCGCUGAAAUAAAUAAUUGUAGUCGUUCAAAUAAGCGUAACGCCCGUAUCAGUAUCGGUCUUAAGUCUUUCUCGUAUCAGUGCGCUGGAGACCGCAGUCAUGCGCGGUCGAUGUUUCGUCAUCAUCGUACUUCGAAUUGUUCUUACGAGCAGCAGUGUACCGUUCGACAAUCGAUAUCUUGUUCAUAACGACACCAAAAUAGAGUUGGAGCCGCUGCUUAUCUCUACUAAGCUCAACGAAACCAUAACUAUAUCUGCACCGUAUCUCAGAACGAAAUACUCACAUCACUAUUUGUACACACCGGCUGGUGACGUCAUCGAUUUAGACUCGGUGGAGUCGAUUCAAAGCAACAUUAAAAACGAUUUUGAUGAUAUCAGAAUAAACGUCACGUCUCUAAGGAGAUAUAGUUCGGAGCUAAUAACGCUGGGCCCGCUGAUCGAAAGUGACCACGGCAAUUGGGUGCUCAGUGUCUUCUACCCAGAUAUCGACGGCAAUUGGGUGGAACUAUUUCAAAUAAUAACCGUCGAAAUUAUUGAAACAAAUUCCGAAGUCCACUGUCAAGUUCCGAUCGGGAGUGCGUUUCGUCCUAAAUUACCCCGACCUGUUAUCGAUCUACAGAGCUGCGAAUUAUCGUCUCCAGAGACAACGUUCGAUCGAUAUUACGAUCGGAUAGGAAACGAUCCCAACUGCGAAUUCAUAGUCGAUAAUACAACUAAGACUGAUCAAGGACGAUGGACCGUAAUCGGUAUUGGACGAAUUGUACACAAAAUAGUAUAUAACUUGGAAAUUUUAGACGUGAGAUGACUAAUAAACUGAAAUUUAUGGAAAAAAA